CAGUUGGCAGCCCUGGCCACCAGCUGUCGCUUGUUUUUGUUUCGUGACAUAACCGCAAUUCACUAAAAACUAUAAAUUUAGUCAUUGUUUUAUUAAAAAAUACCUAUAGGGACAGAAAUUGUUGUGUCAACAUGUCCCACAAAUACACGGAGCUGAUCAAGCUCGGCACGCAGUAUGCCCGACGCAUGAAUUACCUCUCGAAUCGCAUUUUCGGCGAAGUUGCCCGCACCACGAACGAGAAAUCCAUGAAGGUGGUUCGCAUGUUCUCCGAGGAGCCCAUACACAAGCGCGACUAUGUGGUCAACUGGUACCCCCGCCACGUGGAGACGCAUCUACUGAUGAAGAACCUGCGCGACUACGGCCUGUUCCGUGACGAGCACUUGGACUUUAAGGACGAGAUGAAGCGGCUGCGCAAGCUGAGGGGCAAGGCGCCGCCCAAGAAGGGCGAGGGCAAGCGGGCUACAAAGAAGUAGUCGUACGAGAAAUACAAAGUAGUCUUUUUAUUUAA